UAAUUUUGUUGUUUUUGUGACUCUGGCCCCCCAAAAUCCCCAUUUCCUUAUUCCCAACAGGUAGGUGGGGCUGCUUACCUUCCUUCUGUCAGAUCCUCUACUCUCUUGCCUGUCCUUCAGUAUCACAACCCCUGACAAAAAGGUGUUAGAGGAGAAGAAUAAAUCACCCAUUUAACACACCACCCAUAAUUCACUAAAACAAACCAAUACUCCAAACAGAAUCAAAUGCCCGUCAUUAUUCUCAUUCUCAUUCUCCCUUUUUCUUCUACUUCACCCUCAUACAUAUAACUCAUAAAAAUCCCACCUAUUGAAAACUCCCUCUUUUGCCAUCACAAAUCAUGAAGACCAUAAUGGCCGCUAAAUCCCCUCAUGACUCUUCACUCUCCUUCUCCAGAAGGUACUUCCAUUGGAAGAAGAAGCCUUCAGAUGAAGAUGAUGAGGAAGAAAUCCUCAACAACCUCAGCUCAUCCUCACAUUACCCUGAAGAUGAUGAUCACAAAGAAGAACAUGAUCCUCAUCACAAACUCAGAAUCCAAAUGCAAGCUGAACUAGCUGCUGUUUUACCAGCAGAGGAGAAGAAGAAGAAGAAUCACUCCAACUCCAAGUCCAGGUUCAAAUCAGCUCUCACAGUCUUCACCAAGAGCCGCUCACUCCACAGCUCCGGCCACCUCGGCACGCGCGUGGUGGGCACGCUCUUCGGCUACCGUCGCGGCCAUGUCCAUUUCGCAUUCCAGGAGGAUCCAAAGCUCAGCCCUGCGUUCUUAAUCGAGCUAGCAACACCCACAAGCGUUUUGGUGAGGGAAAUGGCUUCUGGGCUGGUGAGAAUCGCGUUGGAGUGUGAGAAGAAACCAGGGACAGGGACAGGGAGCAAAAAGGGUGUGAAGCUGUUGGAGGAACCGCUAUGGAGGACGUACUGCAAUGGAAGAAAAUGUGGGUAUGCGAACAGGCGUGAAUGUGGGCCGGAGGAGUGGAAGAUUUUGAAGGCGGUGGAGCCGAUUUCAAUGGGUGCCGGCGUGUUGCCGGUGCCGGAAAAUGGGAAUGGAGCUGGUGGGUCCGAGUCUGAAGGUGAGAUCAUGUAUAUGAGAGCUAGGUAUGAGAGGGUUGUAGGGUCUAAGGACUCUGAAGCUUUCUACAUGAUGAACCCUGAUGGGAGUGGGGGACCUGAGCUCAGCAUUUACUUGCUUAGAGUUUAACCAUAGUUUAAUUUCAUGGUGCUUCAAUUUAAUUAUAUGGUUUCUACAUGAUCAUGUAAUUUUGAUGAAUGUGUUUGGUAAUGAGGUGUAAAGAAGGUGAGGGACUCUGCAUAAUUUCCCAGUUUUCUUUUACCUUUUGAAAUUUGGUUGGUGGUGUUUUGGAUUUGAAAUUGGUGAGUCAAGUGUAUUGAAUUAAUGGAUUCCAAACUUGAGCUGGAAAUUGUAUGAUUUCUUUCAUUUUGGAAUGCAGAAGGUAAAUGAAUAUGCAGUGUAGAAAGAGGUUGUUUGCUAUGUCUUUUUAAUUUUUAUUUAGUUGGAAAUUGGAAUAGAGCUUGGAUUUCCUAGCAAUGAUAUCAGUUGGUUUCUACUAUAAGAAGGAAAAAGUUGUGUUUCUUCAAAAUUUCAGCAAUGGGAUAAGGCUGCAUUAUAUUAGCAA